GGAUAAAAGUUACUGAUUGUUGUUUAAUUCGGACAAGGAGUUGGACCUCGUGAGAGCGUUGGAUCCGUCUCCGUGCCUCCGUGCCUCCGUGGGCCUGUUCCGACGUCAUCGUCCGCAUCGCACGGCCGUUUAUUGAGGAACAAUUCGUUUUUAUUCUCACGUUCAUUCCGCGGGCGCAGGGUUCUCUCUCGUGGCGAUCGCUGACCGUAGCGGCCACCCUCCGCCAGGUGGCCAGGUUUUCGUGUGGCCCUCCGCCAUGUCUUCGCAGGACCCUCCGCCGGCGACGAGCACCCAAAAGAAGCAAUCGGAGAGUUUGGUAAACCUACUGGCAGAGGCAAGCAGGUUCUACCGCAAAGCAUAUAAUGAACUGUUCUCAGGUUUAAUUACUGAGUGGGAGCCUGAAUCAUCUACUAAUACUCCUGACUAUAUGCUUUUUGGGUGGCAUCUCUUCUUAACGCUUCGUUCGAGAUCACCAGAAUUGUUCAAGGACCUGGUGUCCUGCAUCCAUGGAUUAGUUGCUGUAUUGGCCAUACUAUUGGUUCACGUGCCAGCUAAAUUCAGGACCUUCACGAUUGAAGGCUCUUCUCACUUAAUCAAACAAACUGAGAAAGGCGUGGAUCUUAUUGCUUCUUUAUGUCAUAAUUAUCAUACCUCUGAAGAAUGUUUGAAAGAAAUGAUGGACAAGUCUCACAAGGCAAUAGAAGAAGUUUUCAGUAUGAAAGCACUAAGUGCUUCAGAGUGCAAAACAGAGAAUUUGGAUAAGAUAGACACAGAUCGCCUGAUGUAUUUCAAAGGUCUCAUUGAUAUGGAGUGUUUCCAGUCAAAUCUGGAAAAAAUGGAGAAACUAUGUAAUUCUAAUAACUGUGAAGCGGAGCUUGAUUUUAAAUUAAUUUUGACCAAUAAUGAUUAUAUUCCCUGUGCCGAGAAUUUGUCGAGGGAUUCCACUAAUUUAGGAUGUUCAAAGUGUGCCUUUGAAACAUUGGCAUCUCCCACAAAGACAAUAAAGAACAUGUUGACUGUUCCUAGUUCCCCUUUGUCACCCACCAACGGUGGUUCAGUCAAGAUUGUGCAAAUGACACCAAUAACUUCUGCCAUGACGACAGCUAAGUGGCUUCGUGAGGUGAUAUCUUCAUUGCCAGAGAAGCCUUCAUCUAAGCUUCAGCAGUUGAUGUCAUCAUGCGAUAGAGAUUUGACAAAUGCCGUCACAGAAAGGGUCAGCAUAGUUCUGGAAGCAAUUUUUCCAACCAAGUCUUCUGCUGAUCGGGGUGGCUCAUUAGGCCUCAAUUGUGCAAAUGCCUUUGAUACUCUAUGGGCAGAUGCCAGAAAAAUGGAGGCUUCCAAGUUGUACUAUAGGGUAUUAGAGGCAAUCUGCAGAGCUGAGUUACAAAACAGCAAUGUAAACAAUCUAACUCCAUUGCUGUCAAAUGAGCGUUUUCACCGAUGUUUGAUUGCAUGUUCAGCGGAGCUAGUAUUGGCGACACAUAAGACGGUCAUCAUGAUGUUUCCUGCUGUUCUUGAGAGUACUGGUCUAACCUCAUUUGAUUUGAGCAAAAUAAUUGAGAACUUUGUGAGACAUGAAGAGACCCUCCCAAGAGAAUUGAAAAGACACCUAAAUUCCUUAGAAGAACAAAUUUUGGAAAGCAUGGCAUGGGAGAAAGGUUCAUCAUUGUAUAACUCACUGAUUGUUGCCAGGCCAUCUGUUGCUUCAGAAAUUAAUCGCUUUGGUCUUCUGGCUGAAUCAAUGCCAUCUCUUGAUGACUUAGUGGCAAGGCAGAAUAUUCAUAUUGAGGGCUUGCCUGCUACACCAUCUAAAAAACGUGCUGCUGGUCGAGACGACAAUGCUGAUCCUCGAUCACCAAAGAGACCAUGCAAUGAAUCUAGGAGCACAGUAGUAGAACACAAUUUGCAGACACCUCCACCCAAGCAAUGCCACAUGGUGUUGACUAGUUUGAAAGCAAAAUGCCAUCCACUCCAGUCCACAUUUGCAAGUCCAACUGUCAGUAAUCCUGUUGGUGGGAACGAAAAAUGUGCUGACGUGACAAUUCAGAUAUUCUUUUCCAAAAUUCUGAAGUUAGCUGCUAUUAGAAUAAGAAACUUGUGUGAAAGGAUUCAAUAUAUGGAACAGACAGAGCGUGUCUAUAAUGUCUUCAAGCAGAUUCUUGAUCAACAGACAACAUUAUUUUUUAAUAGACACAUCGAUCAACUUAUUCUUUGCUGUCUUUAUGGUGUUGCAAAGGUUUGCCAAUUAGAACUCUCAUUCAGGGAGAUACUCAACAAUUACAAAAAAGAAGCACAAUGCAAACCAGAAGUUUUUUUAAGCAUCUAUAUUGGAAGUAGGAAUCAUAAUGGGGUAUUAAUAUCACGCCAUGUUGAUAUCAUUACUUUUUACAAUGAGGUCUUUGUUCCAGCAGCCAAGCCUUUCCUGGUGUCAUUAAUAUCAUCUGGUACUCGUCCAGAAGACAAGAAGAAUGCUAGUGGCCAAGUUCCUGGAUCACCGAAGCUAUCUCCUUUCCCAAAUUUACCAGAUAUGUCCCCAAAGAAAGUUUCAGCUUCUCAUAAUGUAUAUGUGUCUCCUUUGCGGCAAACCAAGAUGGAUUUACUGCUGUCACCAAGUUCCAGGAGUUUUUAUGCAUGCAUUGGUGAAGGCACCCAUGCUUAUCAGAGCCCAUCUAAAGAUUUGGCUGCUAUAAAUAGCCGCCUAAAUUAUAAUGGUCGGAGAGUAAACAGUCGAUUAAACUUUGACAUGGUGAGCGACUCAGUGGUAGCUGGUAGUCUAGGCCAGCCAAAUGGUGGUUCUACUUCCUUGGAUCCUGCAGCUGCAUUUAGCCCCCUUUCAAAGAGAAAGCCAGAUACUUGAUCAAAUAUAAAUGGCGAUCUCUCUCGUAUAUAGCUCACAGCUCCAUAGCAGUCUAUUCUUCUGAAUAAGUGGGUUGACUGGAGUGAUUUAACUGUACAUGUAUGUGUUAGUGAGAACCAGCAGUUUAUAGGCAGCAAACUGUUUUAAAUUAGCUUUGAGGUUUUAUCACCAUUUCCCUGCUGAUUGAACAUAUUUUAGAUUGUAACAUCUGCUUUGUAGAAUGCUAAUGAAUCUUUAGUUUUCAGUGGGUUGACAUUAAAAAUCCUUAUCCUAGUUGGCUGGUUGUUGGGAGACAUUCAUCAAGGUUAUAUUUGGUCGUCAAAUAGUACUGUACUUGAUUCAUAUCUUUCAUAUUUUUCACUAGCGUUGGCAACCGUAAAUUGCUUUCCUGACUAGGAACAUAUUCUUCACAAGUAUGGCAACUCUAAACUAUUUGACCUUUUAUAUUCUCAUUUUUAAGUACUUUCUCUAUUUCUGCUACUUUUGUACUGUGUAUUUCCAGCUUCUCCACCAGACUGAUUGUUAGAGUGUAUGCUCCUAUAUUAUCCAUGUAUGUGUAAAUGGGCUGCUAGCCCAUUAGGGUUAGGGUUCCCCUGGGUCUAUAUAUGUAACCACCCUCUAUGCAAUAGAAGUUGAAUAUCAGUUUCUAUCACUAAUGAUUCCAUAUUCAGUGGGCUGCAAGUGAUUUGACAUACGUGCCUUAUCCUUCAGGUAUGUCUCAUGUUGACUUUGCUUUUGUAAUGGUACUGUUGGCUUCAUUGCUGGAAUGCUGGUUAUAAUCAACCUUUACUGCUCUAUAUUGUUCUUUUUUUGGUUUGCACAACCAGGGUGGUUGGUUUUCUGAAUCAAUCAAUCCAUUUCCUCGGACACAAGAUAAUUUUUGUAUGUUACACUUCCCAAAAUUGCAAUUAAUUCAGAAGUCUGCCUACUUUCAUUCAGUUAGUUCUCAGCAACACUGAAAGGAUAUGAAUCAGUCAACCCGAUAGAUGUUUAUCUGGUUAUUCCAAACAAUCUGACAUCACAUCUGUUUCUGCAGGCGAGAUAAGGAAAAUCUGAAAUGCUAUCACCAUUUAAAACAUUGGCUCCUGGAAGUUCAGGUGAUUAACAAACCUCCUUCAUCUACAUCUGACAUUGGCAUGUAUGGUAGAGUCCAGCAACUCUUGUGAUGGCAGGAGUCGUUCUUAAACAGCAACUGCUCCUUCGUUCAGCGCUUCUCAUUUCUGAUUGUAUUGACCGAGAGCAUCCACCUUUCCUUCUGGUAUCAACUGAAUGAGUUGCCGACACCGACCCAUCUGCGCAUAAUGGCAGGUUAGGUGUUGCUGUAGAAUGAGAUGGUUACCAUCUUUACAAGCUCAGGCUAUAUGAUUUCAGCAGCACUGUAACCUGGGGUGCAAAUGUUAAGGCCCUGCAAGCACUUUCCAGGCCACACCAAUUCUGCUUGGUUCUUGAAGAUACAUUCUUCCUAUGGUGCCCCCUAUAUAAAAGCCAUUUCUGGUUGUUAUGUUUAUCCUUGACAUGUCAACAGAUUAGUGUUGGGUUGCAGUCAUGCGGUCCUUAAGUCUCGGAGAAGGCGAGAAGUCAUUGCUGCUAGCAUUGUGAUCGUCGGCCACGAAAGUAAUCAAAAAGUGAGAGCUACUUGUUCCUAGCAAAUGGAGAAGGGCGAUAUAUAGGUUUAUGAUCAAAUUCAGUGUAUGCAAGCAGCAUAUUUUGUUUAGAGUUAGCUUUUGAGGUUCAUCAUUUCAUUUCACAGCUGAUUCUCUAUGUUGUAACUCCUUAGUCGUGUAGAAAUUAGAAUGCUAUCUGCUUAAUUUUUAGUGAAUAAUUUGCUAGUAUAUUUUUUAAUGUAAUUGCAGUAGCUCUGCCUCUUCAUUAA